UAAGAAGGUGAAGUAGAAAAGAAAUGGCAAUAAAAGGCGUUUACCUUCCACACAGGAUAGAUGUGUAGAGCAGGGAAGAGAGAAGGUACAUAAAAUGGCAGUUGGAGGGACAUGUCUGAAUCUGGGUAUCAAGAUCCCAUUUGGGUUUCCUGUUUCCAAUUUCAAGGCUUCUCCAAAAUCUUUCUCUUCUCUCUCAACAUCAGGUUUAUGUAGGGCCAGUCAAGUUGCUGAGCUUUUUCCAACUGUAUCACCUGAGGUUUAUGUUAGGAAGGCCAGGUUAGAGGACUGCUGGGAAGUGGCUGAGACUCACUGCAGCUCCUUCUUCCCUGAAUACUCUUUCCCUCUAGAUUUUGUGUUAAGAAUUGACAGGCUGAUAGCAAUGCUUUUUGGAUUCUCCAUCCCAAAUGGAUGCCAGAGAAAUUGUCUUGUUGCUGUUGUUGGCAGCAGAGAUGAAGAGGCUUGCUUAUUAGGUACAGAAGAACUCAAACUUGGAGGAUUUGAUGGACGAUUAAGUCUCAACAAGGGUUACGUGACUGGAAUAUUGACCGUGGAUACUGUCGCUGAUUUCCUUCCGAGAAAAGGACCAUUGCGGCAGAGAAGGAAAGGGAUUGCGUAUAUAUCAAAUGUUGCGGUACGGAAAAGAUACCGUCGAAAAGGGAUAGCAAAAAAGCUCAUAAUGAAAGCGGAGGCACAAGCCAGGAGCUGGGGAUGCCGUGCAAUUGCUUUACAUUGUGACACUAGCAACCCUGGAGCCACAAAACUGUAUAUAGGACAAGGCUUCAGAAUCAUCAAAGUGCCAGAAGGGGCAAAUUGGCCUCAACCCAAGACUUCCCCAAAUGUCGAGUUUGUUUUCUUGAUGAAAUUACUGGACGUAUAAGAGAGUUUAGUAAACAAUUGGGUGUGUGGUACUGUAUAUAUGUAUGUGUGAAAUUAAGGGAAUAAAGUAUAGUUGUAAUUAUUGUAUUAGUCUAGUUGAAAUUUCCCCCUCACAAGUUUCAUUUGUACACUAAGAUUGCAUGCUUGACAUGCCAAUGGUACUUGAUUUCUUACAGAGUGCUAAUAUAAUUUCCUGACUUGUACCAACGA